UGUACAGACAUCAACCUUUUCGUGGGAUUUUUGUCUGCUUGCAGGUUGGAGUCUGAGAUUGSUKCWCUUGAGAGUGAAGAGUCUCAAAUUUCUGCCAAAGAGCAAGUUCUUCGCGAGCGUCUGAAAGAGACGGAGCGCUCCAUAGAAGACCUGCAAAAGAGUCUGAUGACCCAGGAUAAAGAUGCUGCCGGCAGAAUGUCCGCCCCCGUCUCGGACUACUCGGAUCCCGAUCCCAACCUCCUAGACCUGGCCGCUUAUCUCCGGAGCGGCCGACCCGCCUCUGGAGAGCACACCACGUCAAGACCCGCAAUGUUCGCCAUGGAGAUCAACGUUCAGCACGACCCGAAGACCGGCGAGCAGCGCAUCCUGUCGGCCAAUCGYGUCAGCCCGUUGGAGGCGGCUUCGCGGGGGGUCAAGGUCUACGACGAUGGCAGGAAAGUCGUCUACGAGGUCACUUCCUCUGGGGGCGUCUCCACCAGCACCGUGGAGAACGGCUGGAGCUCUGCACAGGUCGAUGAGUUAGUGCAGCGAGCUGCCAGGCCUUCACAUGCAGGAGGAGGAGGAGACAGCARGAGGGGUCAGGUGACGGUGACCCCGGUUCCGCGUCAAGCUUACGUUUCUCCUGCUGAUGUUGACGAUCUGUCACCUCCCUCCUGUGCCCCACCAUCCAUUCCUUCCAGUCCACCAGCCCAGGUCACCCUCCAAAGGGAAACCCGGCUGGGCAUGAUGCCCCCUUCCUCUGCUCCCAUUACAACCCAACCAGGUUUAUCAGCCAAUCAGAGCAACGAGCUCAGCCCCAUGCCCCAAGCCAGCACGGAGCACCCCGUCACCAUGGUGUUCCUCGGCUACCAGGACGUUGAGGACACAAGUGAGAGCAGGAGGCUGCUCGGCUUUGACGGUGCGGUCAAGGCCGAGGUUGUGCUCAUUGACGAAGACGACGAGAAAUCCCUGAGGGAGAAGACGGUCACCGACAUCUCCAUCAUCGACGGCACCGCCGCCGACCUGGUGUCGGGCCGGCCGGCCACGUCCGAGGCCAUCAGCACGGAACUGUCGUCUGACGGGCGCGAACCGGACAGCGCGUCCUCACCCCCUGCAAACCCAGAAGCAAACAUAGCCCUGCCGCCCGGCCUCACCCCCACCACAGGCUACAGCCAAGAGGCCAGCAUUAUGACUGCAAAUGGCUUUGAAGCUCCUUUUCCAAGGAUAGACCACCAAACUGCCAUGAACCCGUGGCGGGCAGCCGAGGAUGCCACUGACGCUUCACCAAGAGAGCGAGCCGUGAAGAGUGUCAGUUUCCAGGAAUCAGUCAGCGUUAUCACUGACAGGCCUGCAAACAUGGAGCUGGAGAGCCAGCAGAUCCAACAUGGCUGCCUCAGAAGCCCCAGCAACCAAGGCAAGAGUGUAGUUGUGAAAGUGGAGACGCCAGACAGCGAGGUGGUGCAGGAGAUCUGCUACCUGGACCAGGUGCUGGACGCAGCUUCAGAGACUCCCACCAAUGGAAACCCCUCACUGYCAGAGCAUAAAAAACCAAUCAGUAUCAAYGGAACAYCUUCCUCUGUGUGUGUGUCUGACAAUCGCCAAUCAAUCACUGUGGAGGAGCAAAGGUCAAGCACSUUCCCCCACAGGGAGUCCGCCGUAAGAACCAACGGUCACGUCCAGGGAGAUGAGUCGGGGCACGGCGCGGUCAAGUUUGAGUUGCGAGCAUUUCAGGAGGAGAGACGACCAGCAAAACUCUUCACACCAGGAGAGGAGCAGCAGGUCAGGGUGACGAGGAGGCGACCGUCAGAGGAGGUUCAGGAACUGGAGCGCGAGCGCCAGGAGCUGAUCAAAGACCAGGCAGUCAAGAAGAACCCUGGGAUUGCACAGCGCUGGUGGAAUCCUCCUCWGGAGGUGCCUUUGGAAGAGCAGCUGGAYGGAGACCAGCUGGAAUCUCUAAGGAAAUAUCAGGAGAGGAAACAGCAGAAACAAAAUCAUCCCUAUCCAUAUGUUCAGCCCCACAUGUCUGGUCCCCCAACGAUGGUGACCUUUGAUCCUGAUGUAACCAGGAAGGAGGACAUUCUGGAGGAGCAGAUUGAUUUCUCAUCUGCCAGGAAGCAGUUUCUGCAGGGAGAUGCUGCCAAGAAGAGCAUAACUCCACAAUUGUACUCUGCCAAACCUUUCUGUAAAUCGGGAACCAGGAGCAGCCCAAGCAUCAGCGACUUUGUUGCAGAAACYGGAGAGACUCGCGUGACGUGGUCUGACGAGGGGCUGGCAGAAGAAUUUACCUGCGCCCGAGCCGUGAUGACGAUCCUGCCAGAGCAGGACGAAGGAAAAGAKCUCAGCCAACCGUUCCACYCAGAAGAGUUUGACUCUGGGUUGGAUGAGCUGUCCGUCCGCUCUCAGGACACGACUCUCUUCAGUUUGGAUAAUGUUUCAGACAGCGGGGCGUCUCUACCCCCGACUCCAUUACCACUCACCCCARGUCACUUUGAUUUGUGGUUUUCAGGGAAAAUUGAGAAAGUUCGGCCCGCACCGCCAGUCUCCCCCUCCCCCUCAGAGGGGGCUCUGUCUGAUGCCGGCAGCGAGGAUUCGGGAGGAUCACGACCCAAAAACUUGAUGCAGACGCUUCUGGAAGAUUAUGAAACGCACAAGGUGAAGAGAAAAGAGAAGAUGGAGGACAACAGUUAUGCACAUUUGUUGCGGGCUAAUGAAGUAACCACUGAGGUUCUGGAGGCAACAAGGAUGACCAGGAGGAAGAGCAACAUGGCGCUGAAGUGGGAAGCCGGUAUCUAUGCCAACGAGGAAGGAGAGGAGGAGGAGGAGGAGGAGGAGGAAGAGGAGGAAGAGGAGGAGGAGGAGGAGGAAGAGUGAACAACUCUUUCCAAGGACUGUGAAGAAGGAGACAGAGUGGGAUGAUGAGGAUGACGGGGGCAAAAGAUUGGAGAAUUAACCAGUAUUUAUUAUGCUUAACUGUAUCCUGAUGAUCACAUGAUGCCAGAUGAGACGCAUCAAUUUGGGGACCUGAGAACUGAAGGUGUAACAGUGAGGUUGAUAUUUGAUAGUUGACGUGUUAGAAGGGUUUUUACGGAGGUUUGAUGAUGAGGUUUCGUCUCCACAAGCUGGUAGACGCUGAGUGACUUCAAUUUUUAUUUUWAUUUUUUUAUCUAUUUGCAGUUUAAUGAUURAACUAGGAGCUAAGAUGUAAAGAUUGUUUCCAGAGAGUUGCUGAAUGGACUUGCGGUUGUUUUAGAAAACCCUGAAGUCUCAACAGGAAGAGAACCAGGUGUGUGCGUGCGUAUGCUUUUGUGGAAAGAAAGACGAAGCCAAGAGAAAGCAUAAACACACUUUUGACAUUUCCGACAUUUUUUAACCUUUUACAACGCUGCAGAAGGACCACRGUGUCUUUGAGGAACUCAACCAAAGGGCACCACUGACUCUCAAACCCACAUUGUUUUAGGAUGUGCACACAUUUUGUCAAAUGUUGGUGGGAACUUCUACACUUGUUUAAUCUUUAUUAAAUUUAAAGUGCCGGAUCGACAGCAUCCCUGGAUUGUUAAAUGCUGGUAAGUAAAUCUGCAAAAAAAAAAAAAAAA